CUUUCAUAUCUGAGAAGAAAAUGUACAAAACCCUAUGUGGCACACAGCUCCUACUGGCCAUCUUUGUCCUGUUUCUGAACUUCAGCCAUGCAACUGCAAAAGGAACCAGGGGACCUAUGGAAAUUUUUAAGAAAAACUUCAUGGAAAAGAACAAACUGAAUGAUGUAUAUGAUAUCUUCAAAUUUCUUUACAACAAGUUCAGUCAUGACACAUAUCUCAGCAACAUAAAAAAUCAGUCAUUCACCAUGAACACAUGGGGAUUUGGUGAAAUUGAAGUGGUUAAAACCAAAUGUAGAAAGAUUGACUCUGACUUCUACAAAUGUUCUUUCCAGUGGGAAUUCUGUAACAUAAAGCGGACUCCUGGAGUAACAAUAUACUAUAUAACAUUGCCUGGAAGUGUCAGAUGCAGGAAGCUCCUAUCUAAACUGGUCAACUGUCCCUUCGAAGAACAAACAGAACAGCUGAAGAGAGAAAUAUGCUACUUUCAACUGUAUCCUGAUUAUAUUGAGCAAAAUAUACGUUCUGUAAGAUUCAAUUGUUAUACCAAAUGAGACUCUGGGACUGACUGGGCUGUUACCCACCACUUGCAGACGUUGAUUCUAGUUCUGGACCUCUAAUAUGGAAUCACCCUUCAGUCUGGAUGCCAGGAGUCGCAGAGACAUGCAGUCUAGUUAUGUACACCUGAACAAUUGUCUUCAUUUUACCUUUCACACACUUCUUUUAAAUAAACCAUUGUAAGCCAGCCAUGACAAACCUAUACUUUGCUCAAUAAAAGUACUGCCAUUCAUCUUGAAUUGUCUGGGAACAACUGCCUUGUAGGUAGAUGGAAUCAAAUGCAAAGAACCGUGAGGCUCUUAUCAACAAGACUGUGUCAAGUAUGCUGUAUUCUCUGUGAUAAUAUCCACAUUUCAUAGGCACAUGUAGUUCCUUCCGUAUAAAUGAAGAUUCUGACUUUCUACAUAAGAAGAUCAAAAUAUAGUAGAUAAUAUUCUAUCUCAAGGAAGAUAUGCACUGUAGUUAACAGAAAAGUUACAGUUACAUAUAACUGACUCAUGUGGUUGUCUAACAUUCACAACAUCCCAGCCAGCCCUUUGUUACUAUCCUUCUAUCUAUAGCUCAAGGAAUCACAGUGAAUACCUCACAGGGUUGACUUUGUAUCAGAUCUGUUGUUUUAAACAUUUAGAGGAAAAGAAUAAUCUCUCUUCUGGAUAGGAGAAUGUAAAACUAGUGUUCUCUGGGAGAAAAUCUCAGGUUGUAUGCACAGAACUAAUGAGCUAGAUAGUACAUCCUAUAUAGUACAUAUCACAGAUGUGUUAUAUAUAAAUAUGCAUGCUGAUUCUAUUUUUAAAUUUUAAGAAUUAUACAUGAUCUGAGGAUGCUGAAGGGAAAAUGUAUAUUCUGUGCCCAUAUGGAUGUCUAAAUUAAAAUCAUACAAUUAAA